AUGCAGCUACAGGUCGCCUUGGUGCUGCUGGUGUUGGUGACAGCAGGGAGCGGGUUGCCGCCGCUGGACCCUGGGCUGUGCUCCCACGUGCCCUCAGGGGUCACUGAGUACCUCUGCGGCAGCUGCCUGCAGCCCUACAUGUGUCAGGGCACCGCCCUCACUGAGCUCCCGCACUGCAUCCUCGGCAGCGUUUGUGAAGAAGUGAACCCCAGAGAAGCCACAUGCGUGCCCGCCACAUUCACCUCGGUGUGUGAGUGCACCACUGACGUCUGCGACGAAUACAACUCUACGUACACCGCCAAGUGUGACGCCCGAGGUAUAUAUGACAUCGUUCAGUGUACCGCGGUCCAUCAGGGAUCCGCGUCCUGCGUCAGCGGAACCUGCGUGGACUGCUCGAACCUUGGCAUCCGGGACCCAGUGUACGAGGUUGUACCUUCUGAAUGUACCAUCGGGUACCAAUGCACGGACCAGUUCGUUACGGCGUCCACCGACUGUUCCGAUGAAGAGUACGUGUCAAAAGAAGGAUCGUGUGUACCGGCGCCUCCCCUGCCAUGUGCCGACGAAGAUUUGUGCUUCGGAAUUUGUCCGGACUUGACGAACUGUUCGCGGUAUUAUUUCUGCGAUGUAAAUGGAGGACCUCCAGGUGGACCAUAUGAAUGUGACGCCGACCAUUUCUUCAACCCCAGGACAGAGUUUUGUGAUCUCGGGGAUCCUAGUGUGUGCGAUCUGUGGACCCAGUGCGACUUCCCGGCUCCUGCUUAUACGACCACCAAAUCAAUAGAAGAGACGACUACGACCUUUGUCGGAACGGAUGGUUCAACGGAAGAAUCAACGGAAGAAACAACAGAAGAAACAAUGGAAGAAACAACGGAAGAACCAACAGAAGAACCAACAGAAGAAACAACGGAAGAAUCAACAGAAGAACCAACAGAAGAAACAACGGAAGAACCAACAGAAGAAACAGCAGAAGAAACAACGGAAGAGGAAACAUCAACAGAAGACACAGCAACAGAAGAAACAUCAAAAGACGACACAGCAACAGAAGAAACAACAGAAGAAACAACAUUAGAUUCAACAGUCUGCAUGGCUGACGAGGUCUGCAUGGCUGACGAGGUCUGCAUGGCUGACGAGGUCUGCAUGGCUGACGAGGUCUGCAUGGCUGACGAGGUCACGGUGUUCCAUCACUUGGCUAUGGUGCGCUGA